AUGGACCGCCUUCAGCCUCUACUGCUCGGUGCCGAUGCGCCGCCUACGGAAGGCCGCAGUCCCGCACGCUUCGGAGGCAAGAGCAUCGGGUUCGUGGCCUCCAUCGCCCUCACAGUCAACAACAUCUCCGGCGCUGGUAUGCUGUCCUUUCCGCAGAUGUUCCAGCGGGCAGGGCUGCUGCCCAGCCUCGCAGCGCUUGCCUUGGUCUGCGUGCUCUCCACUCUGUUUGCGACGAUGCUCUCCGACACGAUAGCUCGCGUUCCGGGCAACACGGGCUUUUCCCGCCGGAUCGAAUUCUCAGACCUCUUCCACAGGUUCAUCGGGCCUCGCACGGCCCUGCUGACGCAGGCGGUCUUUUACCUCAACCUGCUGUCGCAAAACCUCGCGGCGAUCGUGGCGUGCGCCCAGAUGUUUGACAGCUUCGCCGGCAGCUUCUACCCGGGAGCGACGUAUGCCGUGCGCGUGUCUCCGUCGCCCGUCUCGCUGGUCUCCUGGGAGCCGAGCGCCUGCAAAGGCCCGCACAGCGUGAGCAUGGGGCGGUGCGUGCCCUUUGCGGACGAGGGCGACGGCGCGAUGCUGGUCAGCGCGGGGUACGUGGCGACCACGCUCGUGCUGGCGCCGCUUGGCCUGAUGACGCUGGAGGAGAACAUGGCUCAGCAAAAGGUGUCCUUCGUCGCGCUGUUCACUCUGACGGCGCAGUUCCUGUUCACGUUCGCCACGAGCGGCUCGGGGCACGACGUCCCUUGGGUGGGCGAGUCGUGGAUCGACGCCGUCGGAGUCGUCAUCUUCAACUUUGCGUUUUGCGUCACGGUGCCGAGCUGGCUCAACGAGAAGGCGCCCUCGGUCAGCGUCAACCGCGUCUUCUGGACCGCGACGGUCACCUCCACGCUCCUCUACGCCGCCGUCGGCUACCUCGGCGCGCGUGCCUUUGCCGACGCGCCCGAGAACAUGCUCUCGAUGCUCCUGUCUCCGCGCGUGGGCCUGCCGACGAGGCUGUGCGCCACCCUCUUCGGCGUGCUCAUCGUCGGGCUCGGCGUGCCCAUCUUCUGCGUCAUGAUGCGGUACAACCUCGUCAACGGCGGGCUCUGCGGCGAGCCGUGGGCGCACGUCUGGUCGAGCGCCGUCCCGUUUGGAACCGCGUGGAUGCUCUACCAGGGCAACGUGAUGCUCAAGCUGCUGGCCUACUCGGGCAUCGUCCUGAACGGCUUCAUCGACUUCCUCAUGCCCGGGCUCGUGACGCUCGUCUCCCUCGGCGCUGCGCACCGCACCCUGCAGGCGGCCGCCGGCGAGGCACCGCACGCGCCCGUCCAGCCCCUGCCCGCGCGCCUGCUGCCCCACUACCGCAACAUCAUCCUGGGCAUGGACGCCUGUCUCGCCGUGCUCCUCCCGCUCGGCUUCUGGCUGCAGCUCCAGUCGGACCGCGCGGCCGAUGCAGACGGGCUUAGUUAA